AUGGCAAAUGCAUUAGCAAAUGAUGCUUUGUUAUAAUAAGAAAUUGAUUAAUAAGUCAUUCAAAAUCCCCAUCUAUCAUUUGCUCAAAAGAAAUCAUUAAGGAAAUCAAUCUUAAAAGCUAGUGUAGCAAAUGCUCCAAAAAAUAGCUCAUUCUAAACAGUUUUAAGUGUAAGUAAUACAAUGGUGGGAUCCUCAUUGUUAGUGAUACCUGUGUUGUUUUAGCAAUCAGGCAUACUCAGUUCAUUGAUUGUGGCAUUAGUAUUUUGUUUAAUAUCUUGCAAAACGUGUCAAUUAUAAGUGGUACACAAUAAACCUGAAGAAUUAGAUUUACCGCAAACUAUUGUGAGAAUACUUGGGUAGAAGUAUAAUUUAAUUUUUAAUAUUACGAAUAUCAUAAUUUUAUACUUUGCUGGUGUAGUCUUUUUUAUUUUGUAAUGCAGUAUGUUAUACUCACUAGUUUAAUUAUUAUGUAAGGAAUUAGAGAUGGAUUAUGCUCCUAAAACAGAUUUUGUGUUAAGUAAAUUAUCAUAUUAAUGGUGUGGUAUCUUUUAUAUGUGUUUGCUAUUCCUUAUUAUGUUGUAAAAGAAUCUUACUCUAAUUAUCAAGUUAGUUCAAUACGGCGUCAUUUCAAUCGUAGCAUUGAUUUUCUAUAUUGUAAUUUAUGGCAGUAUAAAUAUGCCAGAAAUAGAGAAUGUCAACCUUUUGACUUUAGAUGUGGUAACUCUAAGUGGAGUAUUCUCAGUUGCUUUCAUGGUACAUUCUUGCAUAGUGCCAAUUAUGAAAAAUAAUUUACAAUAAGAAAAUAAUUUGAGAGACAUUGCAAUAAGUUUUGGUUGGACUUGGAUUCUUUAUGCUUUGGUAGGUACGUUUGGAGCCAUUGCAAUACAAGGAAAAGCUAUAAAUCCCUCAGGUGAUGGGUCUACCGUCUUAGACUAUUUAGAUUAGAACAUAUAUUCCUAUGGAAUUUAAGUUCUAUAAUUGUUUCAACUUACUACUGUAUUCCCGUUGUUAGCAUUUAUCACCAGAUCCCAAUUUUUCGCAUUAAUAUAUAAAUUGGAAUAACCUCCUUAGAAGUGGUUUGUGUUUUACACAUCAAUAGUUGCCUUCACUACUCUGCUAUUUUAAUGUCUCAAUAUAAGUGUGUCGUUGAUUUUGAGUUUAUCAGGAGCUGUGGUUGGAUUUUUCUAAAUUUAUUUGAUUCCAAUAUAAUUACAUAUGACCUGUCUUUAUGCUAAAAAGAAAGUCAAUGACAAUAGGAUUGGGUUGAUUAAUGAUUCAAAAGAGUACCUUGAGAAUCCAGAUGAAUCGAUAUUUGAGGAACUGGAUUUAAAGUGCUUAGACCAUUUAGCGCUUAAGAAGAAAUUAAAUAAGCAAACUAGAUUCAUUUUCUAUUAUAUGAUAAUGCUCAUAGGUGCAAUGAUGGGAUUUCUAAAUAUAAUUGCUCCAUUCUUCAAAUGA